UGCAUCCAAACUAAAACCUCAAGCAAGAAGACAGAAACAGCCUCUCAGAACCACCAGUUCCUCAUCCCUGCAUGGCUUAAACUGCUUCCAACCGUUAUCAUAUCCUUCUUUUUAUCACCAAAUAUUAAUUGUUAGUUAUUAAGCUAGACCAACCUUAAAUUUUCUAACGAUUAUCAUAUUCAUUCCCUCCUUAAAACCCGUUCCCCCUCACACUCAAUACUCCACAUCAAUUCACAACACACAAUUAAACAAACAGUACUAUGGAUGUUUGGUCAUGGAUAUGUGAGCUCCCCAACUCGGUGGAGUGGACCGAGUCCGACUCGCCACCCAUGAAGUUCGAACUCGCGAGUGAGAAGAAGGAGAACUCAACUCGUUCCAUUCACCUGAAAGCCGAGCGAACCUCCGGCUCAGACUCGGAAGCUGCGGUGACCUUCACCGUAUGCUUGCAAGGCUUUCACCCACACAACGCCCACAAGCCUCUCUGGGUCUCCGAAAAGUGCCACCUGUCAUCAGAAAAGCCCUUCCUCCCUCUCCUCCUGCAACUUCUCCAAGAAAUCAUAUCCCACUCCCCCACGGCGCACGAUAGCACCUGCCCCCGUUCCCAGCUCCAGAAACUGAAUCCCGAGCCCAUCGCAUGGAUCAUGGACUCGCACACACCCGAAUCCCUCUCCACCUUCUUCAACCUCGUCUUCACCAUGCGCCUCUUCUGGCUCUGCGCCUGCCACGCGCCCCCCGAAGCCGGCUCCCUCUACUUCCACUACCUCCUCGCCCCCAGCCUCCAAACGGCGUCGUCCAAACUCGCCUCCUCCGUCCUCCGAACCUUCUUCAUCACCGUGGGCGUCGACACCGAACUCUGCUUCAUGCGCACCCUCGGUUACAUCAUUACAAAGCUUCACAUGAUCAAAGAACUCAGCGUUGGAUUGGGCUUAAAAACGAUUUUUCCUUCUCCCAGAUUCUCUUACGCCAACGAGACUCACGGUCUUUGGAUUCUCAAAGGUUACGCGCCAGUCAUGACCAUGAAACUGGCGCGAAGCAAUAACGUUAAAAAAAGUCAAUUCUCUGGCAUCGAUGCCAAGGAGUCAAUUCUCCGUUACUCUCUGGCGCACCACCAACUCGAGGCACACGUGCAGCUAGAAUACACCGUUGGGUUUUUCGAUGCUUUCAUUCAGGUUCGUGCACGUGUCGAUAACAUACGCCUCCACGUGGCGAGGUUGGGAUUUACCCAAAACGACGACGUGGAUGAUUUCGUUGAGGAGAAGCACUUUCCGUCCCGGGUUCGGGUUUGGGUGGGCCCGGAGAUCGGAGCGACUUAUUGCGCUGGGCUGAGCUUGGGCCGGUCGACGGAGAACAAAGAGAGCGAAGUGGAAACUAAGAGGGUUGUGGAGGGCAAUUUGGAGAAGUCGCAGGGUUCGAAUGUGAAAGCGUUAGCCAAGUCGUCGAGGAGGACGCGGAGUAGGAGUUGGAGAAUGGAUCAAGACGCGGAAGGGAACGCGGCGAUAUUCGACGUCGUUUUGCAUGAUAACACUACGGGCCAGGAAAUGGGCUCGUGGAGGCCCAUAAGUGAAACGGGUGGUGACCCGGGUCAUGGGCUGAGAGGGCGAUAUGCGAGGGCAAAUAGAGCGUUUAAUAAAAGCGGGUCGGUGGUUAUUGCAGGGGAUGAAUAUGGAGAGGAAGUGGGGUGGAGGCUUUGCAAAGAGAUGGAAGGGAGUGUGAUGAAGUGGAGAAUAGGGGGAGAGUUUUGGGUUAGCUAUUUGCCCAACCAAGCAAAGGGUUCUUCUUUUGAAACUAGGUACAUGGAGUGGUGUGAUGAAGUUGAUUUGCCUCUUAUUCAUGGUAAAACAACCUAAGCAAGCAUGCCAGUAUAUAUAUAUGAAAGUUGAAACCCUUAAUUCUCUCACCAAAUUACCCACGCCAAAAAAAGGAUCGGAAAAGGAGGAGAGGUUUCGGUAAAAAUGCAUGUAAUAGAACUAAACUUAGCGACUAGCAUGGUUAGUAUAUGCCUAUAUGAUACUGCUGUUUAGGUGCUAUAUAUAUCAAUAUAUGUGGAAUAGCCAUUGGUGCACUAUCUAAUUAAGAAAAUGCUUCAUCUAUAGUGUCUGGUUCCAUAUAGGAUUCCUUAGUUAAAAUGUCAAAAAUUGAGUAAAGCUAGCUAUAAUAUAUAACUCUUGGUUAAACUUUUAA